AUGACGACCAUCACCGAAGACAAACACGCAAUCCACGCCGCCGCCCGCGAAGGCCGCCUCGCCGCAGUCGAGUCCCUCCUCUCCGCAAACCCCAAACUCUCCUCCACGCGAGACCCAGACGACCGCCUCGCCAUCCAUUGGGCCACAUCGCACAACCACCCCGACAUCGUGCGCCUUCUCGCUUCUCAAAAAUCUUUCGACCCCGAUGCCGUCGAUGCGAGUGGAUGGACGUGUCUGAUGAUGGCGUCCUCGCUGAAAGACGACGCUGGGCUAGAUCUGGUCAAGUUCUUGCUGGGGAAGGAGGCAGAUGCGAAGUUGGCGAGUGGGACGGGUGGGACGGCGCUGCAUUUCGCUGUUAGCAAGUCCAACCUUGAGGUCGCCAAAACUCUGCUGGCAGCGGGAGCGUCGGCAAGAGCGAAAGACAAGCGCGGCCAACUUCCCCUGCACCGCGCUGCAGCGGUCGGGUCGGUGACGAUCGUGAAGCUACUGUUGCAGAACAGGACACCCGUGAAUGCGAGUGAUAGCGAUGGGAUGACGGCUCUGCAUCAUGCGAUCAGUGAGGGCCAUGGGGAUGUCGCGGGCGAGUUGUUGAAGGUGGAGGGGUUGGAGGUUGAUAAGAGGGAUGGGGAGGGGAGGACGGCGUUGGAGUGUGCGCCGGACGCGAAGGUCAGAGAGUUCGUGGUUGCGGCUGGAAGAAGAGAGGGGUUUGAAUUUGAGGGUGUGGAUGGCUGA